CAUCUGGAGCCCACACCCUGGCCCAUAAACCAUCUGGACAACAGUGUUAGCCACAAACACAAGCGCAUCGUUGGGGUCGACGUCUGGCCAGAAAUGAUAGCAUUUGCCGAACAAAACCACAAACCCAUGGAUUCCGUCCAGUAUUUGAUUCAAGACUUGAGCCAAUCCUGGGAUUCAUUGAGUCCUGAGUUGAAGGCAUUGGAGUCUAAGAGCCGACUAAUGCAUGUCGUGAGCAAACUAUUGGCCAAAAACGGGGAAUUUGUGGCCAUUUAUAUCCGCGCACCGGAUGUCAUGUCAUUAUUGACAAGCGAACAGAUCAAACAAUACAAUAUACAAUUGCAAACAAAGAGUGAAUCACAACAAUUGGAUGAAAUACAGACGGCGUGUUCGGACAAUGGCUUAAAUGUGACCAAGGUUGAUGUCAGUUUGCUCAAAAGCCGUGUCAACAAAUACGCCAUCAAAGCGUUACGUCCGGACGCGACUGCUCUUAACCCUCACGCCUACGACCAGUUGGCCCACAAAUGGGACACAAACGGACCCGAAGUUCCCACUUAUUAUCACAGCAUACAUGUUGAAUUUGUUGUCGUUUUGGACUCUCGGGUGACACAAACCGGAGCGGAGGGUCUGGACGUGAAGACAUUGUCCGAGUGCUACGGUAUAGACGUGUUGGCCCGCAUUCCGGUCGGCACAAGCAAACAGAUUAUACAAAUAAUCUAA